AGCUCCUAUCGGAAAUAUUGACCUCUACUACUACUACAUACAUUUAAAUAUAGAGUUAAUGCAGACCUACAAACAUGUCAGGAACGAUCAAAGAGCUUAGUCUGACCUACGAUGCCGUUAACAGCAGUAACACGUUCUCAAGUGGCGACGUUAUUAACGGUAAAGUGAUUCUAGAAGUGAGCAAAGAAGUUAAAGUCGAUAGUUUAUUUAUCAAGUGUAAAGGAGGUGCGAACGUGCACUGGUCGGAGCGACACAACGAUAACACUCGCAAUUACAGUUCUCAUGAGAGAUACUUCAAAGUCAAGCAGUAUUUCAUCCAGGACCCGUCCAAGAAAGGAAAUGAAGACCCUGGUGUUGUAAUAAUGGGUGGGGAGACUUACAGUAAUGUGAUUAAACCAGGAAACCAUGUUUAUCCAUUUAGCCUUCAGCUGCCCCAAGGGAAUUUUCCGGCAUCCUUUAAUGGAAACCAUGGCUCUGUGAAGUACAUUCUCGAAGUCACACUAGACCGGUCUUGGAAGAUGGAUCGUACUGUAAAGCAAGAAAUCAACUUUGUGCCAAGGUUUCAUGGUGAUGGUAGUAUUUUAUUGAACCCACAGAGUGGUGCUGUCGACAAGAAGAUGAAACUUUUUUCUUCUGGAAGUGCAUCUUUCAAAGCAACAAUUAACAAAAUGGGUUAUAUGCCAGGUGAGGUCAUCAAGGUUUCCACUAGCGUUGACAACUCUUCAUCUCGUGACCUGAAGCCGAAGUACAGUCUCGACCAAACCCAGACUUUCUGUGCAGAGGGUCACACUAAACAUUUUUCACAAAAUAUCUUCAAAGUAGUUGGGGACCCGAUCUCAUCAAAAUCAAAUCUGACACUGAACACAGACCUGACAAUCCCGCCGAAUCUGAAUCUAACCAUAGCAAACUGUGGUAUUAUCAAGGUGGAAUACUUAUUCAAGGUAUAUUUGGAUGUGCCUUAUGCAAGUGACCCGGAGGUAUUAUUUCCAGUGACCAUUCUCCCUGCACAGACUUUUUUUGCUCCAUGGCCAAACCAACCAGGCUUUCAGCCCCCUGGAAUUCCAGGUGGACCAGGAUGGACCAAUCCUUCACUCCAGCCUGGAUUUGGACCUGGUGCUCCCACUGGACCAGCUCCAGUUCCAGGACUGUACCCCAAUAUCUAUCCUCCACCUGUUAAUCCAGAUCCAGGUGCGCCUCCUCCUUCCUAUGGAGAGCUCUACGCAAAUUCAGGUCCAAAUCCAACUGCCCCAGGAUUCAAUUCAACUGCACCAGUUCCUCCAUUCAGUCAUCCACAGUACCCAGUAAUGGGUUAUCCAUACCCUAGUGUGCCUGAGCAACAUCCAGCACCAAGUGCCCCAGCUUAUAUUCCAGGAGAAGGUGCACCAGGAUACUGGCCAAACCCAACUAAUCCAAACAACCAGCCUGAUCCUUUUCCAACGAAAACACCGGAGAAGCAAGAAUAAUGUGCAUAUACAGCCAAUUACUUUUUUUUUUUUACAAGGGCAGUAUGGCUGUAGGAGAACUUCUUAA